UUUGGGUUAUCAGUGUCACAUGUUUUGAAAUGGAUUUCUAAGAGUUUGGGUGAGUGUAUAUAUACUGUACAGUUUGAGAGGCACACUAGGUAACCAUUUGAUAAGGCGGAUCAACAAUGGCUCUGUGGGAUAAAAUGGGGCUGCUGGCAACUCUUCUCAUCUUUGGUGUCUCUCUCUCCUUAGCUUCUGCAGAGAGGCCCAUGAGAAGAUCCUUGGUGUUCCCAAAGGAAAAUGACAACAGCUACGUGGAGCUGGUCCCUCAGAAGGAUCUUGACAUGGGAGCCUUCACCCUGUGCAUGCGGGUGGCCACAGAACUGGCAAAGGGCAACCGUGAGAUCAUCUUGUUCGCCUACCGUACACUGUACUACGACGAGCUCAACAUGUGGAGAGAAGCUGACGGCAGGUACGGUCUGUUUAUGAGUGGGGAAGGGGUCUUCUUCCACCUACCUGAGCUCAACACCUUCCAGACCCACCUCUGUCUCACCUGGGACUCGAAGUCAGGUAUGGCCGCGUUCCACGUAGAUGGGAAGAGGAGCAUUAGGAAGAUGUAUAAACCAGGACACAAAGUGCAGAAUGGAGGUAAGGUCAUCCUGGGACAGGAUCCAGACUCUUUCCUGAAGGACUUUGACAGCAAGCAGAGUUUCGUCGGAGAGAUCACAGACGUCAACAUGUGGGACUACGUGCUCUCCGAUGCCAUGAUAGAGGCUUUGCAUGUUGGGAAACGUAUUCCCAGAGGGAACAUUUUUGACUGGGAAACCAUAGAGCUCAUAGUCAAUGGGAACGUCAAGGUGAUCACUGAAGAGUUGUAAGUUGUCCCCAAGGAACCAACAACAUGCUCUCCAUCCAGGGGUGCUGCACUGCGGCCUGCGGUGCAGUGCUGCACUGCGGCACUGCGGCACUGCGGCCUGGCUUGAUCCUGUGCUCUGUGUGUCAGUGUGAUGUACGUUAUCUGAGGGAGUUAAGAAAUUACAGAAAAUUCAUAUGGAGAAUAAAGUUGUAUUAGUUUGAGUCCCUGUCUCAUCUCAACAAAUAUAAAGUUCCCAACGGGCACAUAGCAUAUGUUUUUUAUUUGUGCGUGUGUGGGGGUGUGUGUGGGGGGGGGGGUUGACAUUUGAACACUGACGUAAUCGCAUAGAUAAACAGCAGGGGGCAAUCCAUUAUACAUUUUGACUGAUGACAACGGGGGUGUGCAGAAUUUAAAGGCAAGUCGAGACUAACUGAUUCACAAAUCACCUUGCAUCAUAAAUAACUACUCAAUAUUAUUUGCAGAUCAGUCAGUCAGACACUAUUUACCUAUGAAUAGGGUGGCAGGUAACCUACCAGUUAGAGCGGCGAGGUUGCCAGUUCGAAUCCUUGGUCAAUAAGAAAACUCUGGCACGAAGUGAGCUGGCAACCAGAGGGUUGCUGGUAUCAGAUCCUAGAUAACAUUGCCUGCCCUUGAGCAAGGCACAUAACCCCCCACAACAACAGCUCCACAGGUGCCCAGUGUGGCAGCUCCCUACACCUCUCCAAAACAUGUAUGUGUCUAUCAGAGGGGUUGGGUUAAAAGCUGAAGUAACAUUUUGGUUGGACCUUGUGUGUUAUUGACCAAUAAAGUGAUCCUAAUCUUAAA